AUGUCUCUCACCGCCGCAACGGCAACGACCAGCAACGCGACAACAACAGCCGCUUCUAUCUCAGUACUCACAAUCACCACGCCAUGGGUGGAGCCGUCAGACUGCGCGUCCCAGUGGACGACCAGCAUCGUGUCCUAUGAAAUGUACGGGGGCACCACCGUUACACAAGAGUACACCAUUUCCAACCCCGCGGCGACAUGCUAUCCUUCCGGAUGGAACGGCUUCGCGCCGGAGCACCGUCUCAGGUUCAGACCGGGCGUGUGUCCCGACGGAUGGGUUUACAACGACAUGGCCGAGCCUAUAACCCGAGUGGUCUCGACGGCUCAUUGCUGCCAGAGCGGCUUCGAUCGCUUGGGGACGGCUUCUCAAGUUGAGAAGCCUCUCAACGUUGGCUCCCCUAUAACCUUGGUGCACGAUGCCUGGAUCGUGACCUGGGCCAAAUCUGACACGGCGACGUUGACGCCCAAGCUGCCGACGCUGACCAGCGGCAUGACGGUGUGGACGUGGACGCCCGGUGAGAAGAUCCCCAAAGGCCGAGACGACGCGAACAAGGUGGAAAACGGCGUCCAGUACAUGAGCCAGGGUGUGCUGUGGUUCUUGAUGGUUGGGAUGCCCAUCAUCGGGGCUCUCAUGAUUAGCUCCCUGACCUUCGGCAAGGACCUAUCUUCCCCUUCCGCUAGGACAUCGGCGACCUACGACAAGCAGAAAAAUGCGGCUCUUGGUAAUUCCCUUUACACAACCAAACCCGCAACGGGCAUCCUCGACCACCGCCGACUGAUGCACUGCCCGCAGCUCGUCAACGACGACGGGCCCCCGUCCGCCGUCUCGCCCUACUUCGCGCCCUUCCUCGCCGCUCUGCACGAGGCGGGCCACCAGACCGUCGUCGUCAUUCCAGACCGUCCGCUCUCCUGGAUCGGCAAGGCGCACGCCGUCGGCAAGACCCUCACCGCCGCCAGCAUCUGCCCUGCCUCCUUCUCCUCGACCCCCUGCCCCGUCGGCUGCGAGGACAAGCCCGACGACCGCCUGCACCGCUGGCUGGUCGUCGACGGGCCGCCCGCAAGCUGCACCCAGCUCGGUCUCUUCCACGCGGGCUUCGCGCCCGCGGACUUCGACCUCGUCGUCUCGGGGCCGAACCACGGCCGCAACGCGAGCACCGUGUGGGCGCUCGGCAGCGGCACCGUCGGCGGCGCGAUGGAGGCCGCGCAGUGCGGGCGCCGCGCCGUCGCGCUCAGCUUCGGGAGCAAGGAGCCACAGCCCGACGGGAUCAUCCGCGCGGCGUGCGUGCGGGCCGCGGCGCUGGUGGGUGAGCUGGCGGCGGACUGGCACCCCGGCGUGGAGGUGUACAGCGUCAACGUGCCGAUGGUGCCGGGGGUCGCGGACGCGCCGGUGCGGAUGACGACGACGGCGCGGGGGCAGUGGGUCACCGGCGGGCUGUUCAGUCCGGCCGCUGCGGAUCCCGAGAAGACGACGCUGGGGAGGGAGUAUCGGUUUCGUUGGGCGCCGCAGCUGGCUGAUGUGAAGAAGCAGGCCGAGGAGAGCCCCGAGGGGGAGGAUUUGUGGGCUUCUGUGAAUGGGGUGAUUAGUAUUGCGCCGUUGAAGGCGAGUUUCACGGCUGGUGAUGUGAGCAAGUGA